CGCUGACCCCGGAGUCACGUGCCGGCCAAGAUGGCUGCCCGCAGGCGGACGGGGCAGCCCCGGCCUUGAGCCGCGGAGUGGGCAGGAAGAGCGAGGAAGCGAGGCUGAGAUACAUUAUUGGAAAUAAAGUUUAACUCAUUCUAAGGCUCAAGAUGGAAAAUCACGAAGCAGAUGGUACUGCCAAGGAAAACUCGAUUUUCAAUAUUAUAACCAGAAAAAUAAAUCAGCUUCCAGAAGCAGAAAGGAACCUACUUGAACAUGGAUCCACGUAUGUUGGAAUUAAUGCUGCUCUCAGUGGCCUAAUAGCAAAUAGUCUCUUUCGACGUAUCUUAAAUGUGACACAAGGACGUUUAGCUUCUAGCUUACCAAUGGCAGUGAUCCCAUUUUUCACAGCAGAUGUGUCUUACAAAGGUUUUAUAAAUUUACCUUUAAGCACAGGUGACCUGAAUUGUGAAACCUGUACUGUAAUACGGGGAGGACUGGUUGGUCUUGUCUUGGGUGGUCUGUAUCCUGUUUUCCUGGCUAUCCCUGUGAAUGGUGGACUAGCAGCCAGGUAUAGCUCAACUCUGCUACCUGAGAAAGGAAACAUCUUGACUUAUUGGAUUGGAAUUUCCAAACCUGUUUUUAGAAAGAUGCUAUUUCCCAUGUUACUUCAGACUAUGUUCACAGCUUACCUUGGAUCUAGACAAUACAAACUACUUAUAAAGGCUCUUCAGUUACCUGAAACUGGUGGAGACAUUCAAUGAUUGUGAAGCAAAAAUAAAAUUGUAAAAAUAA